AGGCAGGCAAGUGUCUGAACUAGAAAAGUGGGUUACGCAGGCAGGCAGGGGCACUCUGCUUUUAACGAGCCGAUCACAGCAAAUGAGCUGUUUCUGGUAGCGGCGCUGUGGUUUGGUUGAGUUGAGUUUUUGCAGGUAAUACGCUGCUGAAUGAAGUGUUAGCUCUUCGACGGAGGCAUGAUGGUGUUUUUGCGAGUCCGGCUGGUGGUGAUGUCCGCCGUUCUGCUCCUCGUCCAGGACGCUUCGGCUUUCUAUCUUCCGGGUUUGGCUCCGGUGAGCUUCUGUGAGAAACCGAAGGACGCUGCGAGGGAAUGCCAGGACAAAAUCGAGCUCUUUGUGAAUCGACUGGAUUCGGUGGAGUCAGUUUUGCCGUAUGAAUACAGAGUGUUUGACUUCUGCACUGUGGAUGCUGAAAAGCGGCCGUCGGAAAACUUGGGCCAAGUGCUUUUUGGAGAGAGAAUUGAACCAUCACCGUACAAGUUUUUCUUCAAGCAAAAACAGACGUGUCAGCAUGUGUGCACCAAAAAGUACAGCAGUAGUAAAUCAGCGGACAAAGCCAACCUGGAUUUCCUCAAGAAGGGCAUGCUGCUUAAUUACCAGCAUCACUGGAUUGUGGAUAACAUGCCUGUGACCUGGUGUUACGACGUGGAGGAGAAUCAGAAAUUCUGUAACCCCGGCUUUCCCAUCGGCUGCUACGUCACAGAAACAAGCUUGGCCAAAGACGCGUGCGUCAUCAAUUCAGAUUUCAAAGAGCCAGACACCUUCUACAUCUUCAACCAUGUGGACAUCACUAUCUAUUACCACAACGUAGAGAACGAGGCCCCUGAUUCCAGACUGGUUGCUGCCAAGAUUGAGCCAAAGAGCUAUAAACAGGCCAAACCGGAUGCUCCAGACUGCACAGGGCCUCCCAUGAGCCUCAACAACAAGUUCACAGGAGACAUCAGCAUCCCCUACACCUACUCUGUCCAGUUCGAGGAGGAGCCGACUAUCCGAUGGGCCUCUCGGUGGGAUUAUAUUCUGGAGUCCAUGCCUCACACCAACAUCCAGUGGUUUAGUAUAAUGAACUCCCUGGUCAUCGUGCUCUUCCUGUCUGGAAUGGUGGCUAUGAUCAUGCUGCGCACGCUGCACAAAGACAUCGCUCGCUACAACCAGAUGGACUCUGUGGAGGAUGCUCAGGAGGAGUUUGGCUGGAAGCUGGUGCACGGCGAUGUGUUCCGACCACCGCGUAAAGGAAUGCUGCUCUCCGUCUUCCUCGGGUCUGGCACGCAGAUCUUCAUCAUGACGUUCGUCACUCUCUUUUUUGCGUGUUUGGGCUUCCUGUCCCCGGCUAACCGUGGUGCUCUGAUGACGUGUGCGGUGGUGCUGUGGGUGUUACUGGGAACUCCGGCUGGUUACAUCGCUGCCCGGUUUUACAAGUCAUUCGGAGGAGAGAAGUGGAAGACCAAUGUGCUCCUGACAGCAUUCCUCUGCCCUGGAGUGGUAUUUGCUGAUUUCUUCCUGAUGAAUCUGAUUCUGUGGGGUGAGGGUUCGUCAGCCGCCAUGCCCUUCGGCACACUGGUGGCCAUCUUGGCUCUGUGGUUCUGCAUCUCCGUCCCUCUCACCUUUGUUGGCGCCUACUUUGGCUUUAAGAAAGCUGGAAUCGAACACCCCGUGCGCACCAAUCAGAUCCCUCGGCAGAUUCCGGAACAGUCUUUUUACACCAAACCCCUCCCAGGAAUCGUGAUGGGUGGGAUCCUGCCCUUCGGAUGCAUCUUUAUCCAGCUGUUCUUCAUCCUCAACAGCAUCUGGUCCCAUCAGAUGUAUUACAUGUUCGGCUUCCUCUUCCUCGUCUUCAUCAUCCUGGUUAUCACCUGCUCUGAGGCCACCAUCCUGCUCUGUUACUUCCACCUGUGUGCUGAGGACUACCACUGGCAGUGGCGCUCCUUCCUUACCAGCGGUUUCACGGCAGCAUAUUUUCUCGUGUACGCCGUGCACUACUUCUUCUCCAAGCUGCAGAUCACCGGCCUGGCCAGCACCAUCCUUUACUUCGGCUACACCAUGAUCAUGGCCUUGAUCUUCUUCCUCUUCACAGGAACGAUUGGAUUCUUCGCCUGUUUCUGGUUCGUGACGAAAAUCUACAGCGUGGUGAAGGUGGACUGAUCUCGACCAAUCGGAGCCUGUACUGAACUCUCCUUGGCUAUAAACAGGAUGUCUUUGGGAGAGGGGAUUAAGAGUGCCGUUGGUGACGCCCUGUCGCCCCGACAACUCAAAAUAAGUUCCACAGAUCUUAAGCUUCCAUUGGAGUGUGUGUAUGUAUGAUUAAAAAAAGAUUGCGUUUUUUUUUCCCCUUUUGUGUGUGUUAUUUCACACAUGCUUAUAAAAGAGCACUCGUAUAAAUAGUACCAUGCUGCAGCCCAGAACACACACACCACAGCUAUGUUUCCCCUCAACCUUAAUUUCAAAUUCACAUUUGUAAAUACGACAUUUUUCCCUUUUCUCAUAUAUUAAAGUGCAUCAGGUUCAGGUGUAGGUAGCCGACGUGUUAGAAGUACGACUCUGUAAAUAUAUCUAUUUUUUUUUUUUCUUCUUAAAUGCUGAAACAUGUCCAAAAAAAAAAAAAAACCAAGAAUGCCGUCAAAGAGCUGCGGCUUUUUUUUUUUUUUUUUAAUUUGGGGGGGGUUGUGUGCGUGUGUGUGUGCGUGCAAUCAACCAGCUGGCUUUCCUUACUUUUAUUUAUCUCAAUCGUUUUUAAUUCGCACUGUCUUUGGUUUACACCUCUAUGCUUUCUUUGUGCCUCAUCGUUAAGAAGGAAGAAUGAAGAAGUGUUUCACCUUAAGACACCAACAGAUCAGUGAAAGCUGGUGUAUACUUAAUACAUGAGCUGUUAAUCAAGUUCUAGGCGUGUGUUUUUUUGUUUGUUUUUUGGUGUCUGUCUUUUUUUUUGGGGGGGGGGGUAGAGGUGAAAAAUGUUUUUCCUUUAAGAGCCCUGGGUGCUCAUGUGUAAGAGCUGAUCUACUCUUGGUUUCUGUUUGUUGAAUUCCGUUUGAUGCAUGCACAGGAGCUGAUUGGAGAUCAGGCUAACGGAUGUUUCGUACAUAUUACCUGAAUCGAUUUUGUUUGUUUCCUUUCAUCAUCUUGCCUUCAUUUUCGCACAUGUCAAAUUGGGAGGGGGUGGGGGAGGGACAAGGAAUCCAUUGGUAUGUAGAAAUGCAUGGAUGGGCUGGUUUUUGGGGAUGAAAUGUACAUAGUCCCACUGUAGGCAGAUCCGUGUGUAAGUUAUAAUGGUUUCAUUGAUUUACACUGAUCAGGGGGUUUUCUUCACUGAUUAUAAAGUAAUGAGAUUGCAAACAAUGGAAAUUAAAAAGGAUUUCCCUGUCCCUAAUAAAAUCUGACUUUUUCAAUGAUUCACUGGAUCUUUGAAAUUAAAA